UCCGAAACUGCGAGUCGCCGCGGCUGGCCUGGGUCCCGCGCAGCGCUUACUUGGGAAAGGGACUGGGUCUCUAGCGCGCCUGCCAGGCCUGUGGCCGCCGAAGCGGCAGCCGGAGCGCGGUUGAGGAAAAAGCUUCAUCGCUCCGCAGCGGCCCCUGCCCCUAUCUUCAGUGGCCGGCCGCUGGACUUUGGUUUGUUGGGUCCAGGCCCCUAGCGGCUCCGGUUUUAGUUCUUGGGGACCAGCAGCACUGAACGUGUGCACCACUCUUCUUUGGGGAGCGGAAGCCGCGCUUAGGGGUCUUAGUUCUCCCUUUACCCCCUCAUCUUCCACUGAGGGUCUUGCGCGUAGUAGGUGGUCUUGUGAGGAGUGCGCCGGAGGUAGAGGAAGGUGCCCGAGUGCUAGCUGGCUUCCGUGGGUCCUUAAAACGCCUACUUCAUAGAUUCCCAAUCAGCAGAAUUGGGAAUCGUGGUGUCGUGGUCGCAGACCCACUCCUGGGCUGUUGGAGAAAUCCACCUUAGCCUGGAUGGCCCUGCGGGCCCGCCUUUCAGCCCAGGCGCAGGCUACUUUGCCACAGACUUGUGGACCUGGCUUAUUCUUGUACAUCCGUUCAGGAUUUUGUGAGGAUCUUGAUUCCCUACACCCAAAGAGCUUCACAUGUAGUUUCCCUGCCUCAUUUUAGCAUCUGAGGGGAGAAUAGCAAAAUAGGAACGAAAUUCUUCUGUGAGAGACUGGCUCAAUGCCAGGCAUUUAAUAUAGGCCUAACAAAUGCUUGUUCAGUUGAACUGGACUAAUAGAUUCCAGUGGAGCAAGCGCAGGUGCCUACUCUGGAUUCCCCCUGGGCUUCUAGGAUCAGUUGUUUAUAGACUCGAGGUAAACUGAGCUGGGAAUUAAAAAACACCUUCACUCAUUCAUUUACUUUUUUUAGCAAAUAUUUACUGAGCACCCACCAUGUGCCAGUACUGUUUCAGGCUUUAGUUCAAAUCUUAAUGCUGCCAUUUCUUGAGGAUUUGGCUUCAACACUCCUCAUAACUCUUCUGUUAUUUCAUCAUCUAUAAAAGGAGACUUGUUCUAACUUAAGGGGUUAUGGUAAAUAUUAAAAUGAUGAGAAAAUGUGAGUGAAUGUUAUGUAUCAUACAGCUAGAUGUUAUUUAGGCCACCGACAAACGGGGUCUGAACAGACCGCCAGGGCCUGCCCCAUCCCUACCUGCAAAGUCUGUAACAAGCACAGACUUUGGGAAACAGGAAUGAGUGAGCGCAUGACUUUCCUCUUCUCUUCAGUCAUAGACGUGCAUCCGUAAGAAGGCUUUUCCAAGGCUGAAGAGUACAUUUUAGAGAGUCCCAACAUAAUAACAACUAGUGGUCACCAAGUUAGGUCAAGUCUACGUUUAGCUCUUUUAUCAGCCUCUUUUGUCUCCAUCUCUGUUGUCACUACCUUCUCUUCCCCAUGACUGAGUCUCUUCACAGGUCUCCUGCCCCUUGUUCCCUCCACCAUGUCAUACAAACCUUGAUGACAUUCCACUUUUCAGAUUAAAAUCCAUUAGGGCCUUACUAUCACCCAAGAUAAAAUUUAAAUGCCAUAAGUUGGGUCCCUGCCUCUCAUGCCAGCCCCUCUGUUGUCCCCUCCUUCACAUACCCUAAACUUUUGAAUGCAUUCUGGGUGAGUCAAACUCUGAUACCCUACAGGUCUUUGCAUUUUUUUCCCACCUGCCUGGAAUGCUGGUUUCCCUGAUCUCUGGUUAGGUGGACAAUCAGGACUCAUACUUCAAAUCCCAAAGUAUUAUUCCCAAGAGCCUUCCAUUCUUCAUUGAGCCAGGCCUCUUUCCUCUCUUAACUUUCCUACCACUUUGAAUAUACCAAUACAUACCGGUGUUAUAGCAGGACAUGUUUGCAUGUCUAGUUCCUCACUAGAUUGUGAGUUCCCUGAAAGCAAGGUCGUAUCUCUUAAUGGUGUUAUCGUCUGGUACAACACAUAAUACGUUGAGAAUCAGACUGAUUCAGAUAGAACUAAACUUCUUAGCUCUGUGGUCUUGGGCAUGUUACGUAUAACUUUUUGCCUCAUGUUCCCCUAUUUGUAAAAUAGUGCUAAUGAAAAUAGUGCUUAUAAUAAUUAUCGUGAAGACGAAAUAGCAAAACUCUUGUGCGCUCCUUGUACAUAGCUGGCACUCAGGAUAGACACGGCUAUAGAGUGCCCUCCAUAAAUAUUUGUUGAAUCAACUCAGCAGAACUAAGGAAGCGUACUGACUAUUACGCUGUAUACCUACUAGGUGCCAAGCCUUGUGCUAGAGUACUCCAGUUUUCGCGGUCUAUAUGCAAGUCUUUAAUUGUUGCCUUUUAGGGAUAUGGGACCUGAGCCCCCAAAUCCUUGGAUGCGUCGUUCACCUAGGUGUUUGUUAAGAACGCUGUGCGACGUUGCCCUCUGUCGCUCGCUGAUCGUAGCCCGAGGUCAAGCUUAGGCGCUCUCACAAAACCCAGACCACUCUGAUGUUUUCGGCUUUGCUUGUUUCUCCUUUCCCAAACCUGUUGGCCGCUCGCUACCCUACUGCGUUUUCAACAGGCCGCGCCCACCCACUGGCGGACUGGGCUCCGCCUAACUCGCGCCCACUGGGGGCGGGGCUUGCGGCGCCUAGCUGACGUCACUUCCAGCGGACACGGAAGCGCGGUAGUGGGCAGGCAGUUGUAGUUAGGAAAUCGUGAUGGGACGCCGCUCUGCGUGAGCACCUGACCGACGUGGGCCGAGCGGGGCCGGCCCGGGCUCCUGUGGCCUGGACAGAGCGGAGAGUGUGGAGCGGCUUCUGGGCCAGCGCGGACGAGCCCUGGCCGAGCGCGCCUCUGGUGCCAGCGUCGCCCCGCCUCCAGGGUAGUACCCGCCCCCACCCUCCGGGCUUGGGACCAGGCGGGCACUUUUGUCUGUAGGUUCCGCCUAUCCGCAUUAGGUCCGGGAUAACUGGGUGCAGCAGGUGUGCGGCCCGCCGCCGGACAGCCCGCUGGCUGUUUCUUGAAGCCCUUGCCUGCCUCUUCGCAGCCCUCUCUUGGGCUACUGGAAAGCUGAAGUGGAGCAGUCCGUUCAGAACCUUCAUGGAGAAGUUUGCUAUGAAUUUCGGUGGCGGCCCGAGCAAGAAAGACUUGCUGGAGACUAUAGAGACGCAGAAAAAGCAGCUUUUCCAGUACCAGGCACGGCUCAAGGAUGUGGUCCGUGCCUAUAAAAGCCUGCUGAAGGAGAAAGAGGCGCUAGAGGCCAGCAUCAAGGUGCUGUCGGUAUCCCACGAGGCAGAUGUGGGCCUCGCAGGUGUCCAGCUUCCAGGCGUCGCCUUUCCGGACUUUGUGGAUGACCGGUGCUCCACUCACAGUGAGGAUAGCACUGGGACCGCCACUAGCGUGGAUACGGCAGCCAGUCUCACCAGCACCAAGGGCGAGUUUGGGAUAGAAGAUGACAGACCAGCCCGUGGACCACCACCUCCGAAGUCCGAAGAGGCCAGUGGGUCAGAGAGUGGUGUUAGCAGUAGCAGUGGGGAUGGGCCAUUUGCGGGUGGGGAGGUGGACAAAAGACUGCACCAGCUGAAGACUCAGUUGGCUACUUUGACCAGUUCUUUGGCCACAGUCACUCAGGAGAAGUCCCGCAUGGAGGCUUCUUACCUGGCUGACAAGAAAAAGAUGAAACAGGACUUAGAGGAUGCCAAUAACAAGGCAGAGGAGGAGAGGGCUCGCCUGGAGGGAGAAUUGAAGGGGCUGCAGGAGCAAAUAGCAGAAACCAAAGCCCGGCUUAUCACGCAGCAGCAUGAUCGGGCCCAAGAGCAGAGUGACCAUGCCUUGAUGCUGCGUGAGCUCCAGAAGCUGCUGCAGGAGGAGAGGACCCAGCGCCAGGACUUGGAGCUUAGGUUAGAAGAGACCCGAGAAGCCCUGGCAGGACGAUCAUAUGCAGCUGAACAGAUGGAAGGAUUUGAACUUCAGACCAAGCAGCUGACCCGUGAGGUGGAGGAGCUGAAAAGUGAACUGCAGGCCAUUCGAGAUGAGAAGAAUCAGCCAGACCCCCGGCUGCAAGAACUUCAGGAAGAGGCCGCCCGCCUUAAGGGCCAUUUCCAGGCCCAGUUACAGCAGGAAAUGAAAAAGACAGCUCUUGCAGAGGAUCAACUCCGUCAGCAAUCUCAGGUGGAAGAACAGAGGGUGGCAGCCCUGGAGAAUCAAAUAUCUGAGGUGUCGGAGCUGCUGGGCACGUACGAGAAAGCCAAGCAGAAGGACCAGCUGGCCAUCCAGAAGCUGAAGGAGCGUAUUCUGCAGCUGGACCUGGAGAACAAGACACUGGCUCUAGCAGCCUCCAGCAGGUCCCCUCUAGACAGCCAUGGAGAGGAGUCUAGUCUGGAUGUCAAUGUCCUGAAGGAUAAAAUGGAGAAGCUGAAGAGACUGCUGCAGGUUGCAGCCAGGAAAAGCCAGGUGACCCUGGAUGUGGAGAAGCUCUGUGACCUGGAGAUAAUGACCAGCUCGGAGACUGCUGAUGGGGAGAAGGCUACUGCACUCUAUUACCAACAGGAGCUGAAACAACUGAAGGAAGAGUUUGAGAGGUACAAGAUGAGGGCCCAGGUGGUCCUAAAAAGUAAGAAUACCAAAGAUGGUAAUCUGGGGAAGGAGCUGGAGGCAGCCCAGGAACAGCUUGCAGAGCUAAAGGAGAAGUAUGUCUCCCUGCGGUUGUCCUGCGAGGAGCUUGAGCACCAACACCAGCAGGAGGCUGAGGACUGGAAGCAGGAGCUGGCCCAGCUACAGCAGCUCCACCGGCAGGAGCUGGAGCGGUGCCAGCUGGACUUCAGGGAUCGCACACUGAAACUGGAGGAGGAGCUGCACAAGCAGCGGGAUCGUGCCCUGGCUGUGCUCGCUGAGAAGGACUUGGAACUGGAACAACUGCGUUCUGUGGCCUUGGCCUCUGGGCUGCCAGGACGCAGGAGUCCUGUGGGCGGUGGGGGUCCUGGGGAUGUGGCUGACACAUCAUCCUCAGAUAGCCUGACCCAAGCAUUACAACUUGCAGCGGCCAAUGAGCCCACUUUCUUUCUGUACGCUGAGCAGCUAGCCCGCAAGGAAGUGGAGAUCACAUCGCUGAGGAAGCAGAAGCACAAGCUGGAGGUCGAGGUGCAUCAGCUGCAGGAUCGGCUGCUGGAGGAGGGCGAACGGCAUCGCGAGGAGGUUGCAGCCCUGCAGAGCCACAUCGAAAAGAACAUCAGGGACCAGAGCAGGGAGGGAGCCAACCUGGAGUACCUCAAAAACAUCAUCUACCGCUUCUUGACCUUACCUGACUCCCUGGGCCGCCAGCAGACUCUCACAGCCAUAUUGACUAUCUUGCACUUCAGUCCGGAGGAGAAGAAAGUGGUAAUGCGACUCCCAGCCAGUGCUAGCUGGUGGCCUUCUGGCAAGAGAUGAUGCCAUUUUCACUCGCUCCUGGAAUCUCUGUAUAACACAAUAAAAGAGGACUGCGUACUAGCUGUUGUUA